CCGGAAAAAAAGGGAUGAUUAAUUCAUCGAAACAUGAGUCGAAAGCAUCGUCAAAAACAGUCAAGGAAAAAUAAUGUUAAUGACAGCGUCAGUAAAAACAUAAAAGCACGAGGAAGUGCUUUUUCAACAUUUGCAAGGACGCCGAGUUUGUGUACCUUUAUCAAGAACUGAUUAUCGUAAACAAUAUGUGAAUGGAUAGCUUGCUUAUCAGUAUUCCGCGCAAGUCAAAACAUUAAAAAAACUCGAAUAGAUCUAAAUACAUAACUUUCGUUUAAUCAUAUUUGGAUAAGAAUGCGUGAUUUUUUCCAGUUCUUGUUAAAGAAAGCAAUACCGGCAAUAAUUCUAAAGUUGUAAUAUUGUAAUUUCAUAAACGCUACGUAUCUAGCUUAAAAGUUUUCGGAAUUUCUGCUAUUGGAGUUUUAGUAUCCAUUUUACUGGACACAAGCAUCGCAAAAUGGUUCUUGUGCCUUACUCAGUGAAAGGUUUAACUUCUGAAAUGGAAAUGAUCGCCCAAACAGAGCUUGGAGAAACACCUCUUGUAAGAAAAGAUUCCUUAGAAAAAUUAAAGCAACUCAUAGCAAAUGAGCCCGAUUUCUAUCCUUACAUGGAUGACAAAUUUCUACUGAUGUUCCUCCGACACAAGAAACACGAUGUCAAAAAGACUUUCAAAACGUUACGAAAUUAUUAUUACUUCAAGCAGAAGUACUCUCGAAUUUUUACUGAUUUCCUACCUUCCGAGGGUAAAAGAGUCAUGGAUAUGAACUGUUACUCACUACUGCCUUACAAAGAUCCCCAAGGUAGAACUAUUGUCGUCUGCCUACCAGGUCGGUUUAAAUGGCAAGAGGCUUCUAUAAACGAUCUGAUGGCAGUAGCUUUGAUUGUUGGAUUUCUUAGCCACAAUAUCGACGCUGUUUCCGUAUGCGGCUGGGUGCUGAUCUUCGAUGUUAAGAACUUUUCUCUGGCAGAUCUGUUGAGAUUUGUAACCAUCCGGUUUUUACUGUUUGCCUUUAAUUCCUUACAGGAUUGCCUGCCUUUUCGGAUUAAGGAAAUACACCUUGUAAAUGAACCGGGUCUUUACCGAACUACUUAUAAUGCAGUUAAACAUGCUUUGCCUAAGAAGAUACGAGAAAGGAUGGAAAACUUCUUUGAGAAAGAACCUAUGCCUUAUGAUAAAGUGUUGAACCAUGAUGUUCCAAGAGAAUCAGCUAGCUCUUGUACCAAACGAAAACGCAAAGGACUCUUCACCGAAGACGCUAUUCCAGAGGAGCUCACUCACAUGGGAGACAAUGUCUUUUUGGGACCCAGCAUUUACAAGGGAAAAGUGACUGUGCACAUCCGAGAGUAUGCCAAAUAUGGUAAAGCUUACUAUCCGACAAGACGAGGAGUAAAUUUUGAGCCAUGGUGUUUGAAUGUUCUCGCAACCAACAUGACAGUGGAGGAACCAGACCUGCUGACACUAAAUCUGGAAUUGCCCAAGAAUUUUGUGGGUCACAUAUAA